AUGGGGAAAAGUCUCUUUGCCACUCCAGCAUAUUCACUGCCUCAGUACCCUGCACACUGGGCCCUACCGUCUCAGUCGUCGGACGGUAUGGCGACCGGUGAGAGGAGAUCAAAUCUCAGGUUGCUCAGGACGUCAUUGAUUCUGGACCAAGACGACACACGCACGACUCGCCAUGGAGACUGUCCCAGACUGUGUACUUACAAUGCGAGAACAGUUUCCACAGACGCUGACCUGCAUGCCCUUCUCGGAGCUGCAAAGCGUAUCAGAUUUCACGUGAUUGCUCUCCAGGAGACCAAGUGUAGAAGGAGCGGCGUACGACAGAUGAAUGACGGUUCAUUCGUUAUUACUGGAGAGAAAGUUUCCUCGCAAAAUGUAGGAGGUGUUGGUUUUGUUGUGCACCCAUCUGUCGUCCAUCUUGUCGAUUCUCACGAGAUCCUGUCACCUCGUCUGGCCAUUCUUCGCCUCCGCCCUCUGCACCAAAAAUCCAUCAGUAUCAUCAACUGCUAUUCACCAACAUCAGCAGCUGAUGAUUCCGAAUUGGACGCGUUUUACGAGGAGCUGGAGGAGGUAGUCCGCAACGAGAAGUCCUUCUACAAAUUCGUUGUCGGAGAAUUCAACGCAAAACUAGGAAAGGCCACAGAAGAGGAAUACGGGAUUGGAAGAUUUGGACUAAGGGACCGGAAUGAAAACGGCAAUCGUCUCGCUGGGUUGCUGUUCGCCGCCCGCCUCCUUCAUGGGAAUUCUCUUCUCAUGAAGAACGAUUAUCGUUGGUGGAUAUGGGAAUCGCCCAAUGGCGCGACUCGUGCGGAGAUCGACCACAUACUCACCAACCGGAGGUGGUGUCUACUUGACGUCUCAGUAGUACCAUCCUUUUGUAGUGGUUCUGAUCACCGUCUCCUUCGUGCGAAAAUACGACUUAGCCACACGAUGGAAAAGAACAUCUGCUGUCGGCAACGAAGGAGAAAAGAAGUCGUCUACGAUGACUGCAUACUCGAGGACUCCUUGUCUCAAGGAUUACGAGCCUGUGCUGAGCGUGCCUCGAAGCCACGCACGACAAACUUGGAUCGAAUUUCGAAGACCACCAAGGAAUUGUUGGAAGGAAAAAGGGCUUUGAGGCUUGAUCCGAAUGCAUCGCACAUUGAGCGGCAGAAGAAGAUUCUGGAAGCAGCACAAAGAAGAACGAGUCUAAAGAAGUGCCGCAGGGAUCUCCGCGAAUAUAAUAUUCCUCUAGCAGCCUUCCUGAGCGAAGACGGGACUCGCACGUCUUCUCGUCGUGAGAUGGAAAUCAUUAUGGAGAGGUUCUACUCGAACCUUUUCCGUUCAUCAACUCCUGUGUCAAGCCCAAUCAUCCCCACUGGCGAAGCCCCACCACGGAUUCUCCCUUUGGAAGUAACAGUCGCUAUCAAGAGCAUGAAACCUGGCACAGCCCCCGGACCUGAUUUUAUAUCAGCAGACUUUCUUCGGGCUGGCGGCCAUCCGCUUCAUGUAAUCUUAGCAGAGCACAUGACAUCCUAUCUUCAGAAAGAAAGGAUCCCAGACCAGUGGAAGACCUCGCGAACCGUUCUUAUCCAUAAGAAAGGUGACCGAGAGGACCUUCGGAACUACCGUCCGAUAUGCUUGCUGAGCGUGUUGUACAAAAUAUUUAAGAUCAUCCUCACACGCAUAUCUAGGACGCUGGAUGAAGCCCAGCCUCAAGAACAAGCUGGAUUCCGCCAGGGGUUCAGCUGCUUGGACCACAUCCGGACCGUGUCGAGGGUCAUAGAGGUUUGCCGGGAAUACCGCCUGCCCCUUGUUCUAACCUUCGUCGACUAUGAGAAAGCCUUUGACAGCGUAGAAACGAAUGCAAUACUGUCAGCGCUGGUCGAUCAAGGUGUGGACGCGUCGUAUGUGAGGACAUUAGCCAAUUGCUACGAACGAUGCACGACUAGGAUACAGCUUUUCCACCGCCCUCUCACCAUACCCAUUGGAAAGGGGGUACGACAAGGCGAUACUAUAUCGCCGAAGCUGUUCACGGCUGCAUUGCAAUGGAUAAUGAAAUCACUAUCCUGGGAAGAAAGGGGCAUACGUGUUGAUGGAAGAUUUCUUUCGAACCUUCGUUUCGCAGACGACAUCGUUCUCUUUUCGAGCAGUACCAAUGAAGCAGAAACGAUGCUCAACGAAUUGAACGAAGCAGGGAAGAGAAUAGGACUGCGAAUAAACAGAAAGAAGACACAGUUCAUGAAGAACGCCUACUGCGAGGACGGAGGAGUACAAUUUGAAGGCUCCCAAAUCGUGGAAACUUCGUCAUACGUAUACCUCGGGCGUUCUAUGAACAUGGAAAACGACUUGAAGGAAGAACUAAAUAGAAGAAUGAGAGCAGCAUGGGCAGCAUUCGCAGCCGUCAGGAAAGCUACGGACCAACUGACGGACCAAGAUCUUCGUGCCCAUCUGUUCGACUCGACAGUCCUUCCAGCGCUCUGUUACGCAGCGGAGACAGCCCUUGAGAGAUGUCUCCUGAAUUUUAACCGGCGCACACAACACCUUGCCGCUCUUCGUAGCUCCGACUUAAGAGGAAUGUCCCGUCUUCGCGACUCAGCGGAAUAUGUAUCGAAAGCAAAACAUAGAUGGGCCGGUCACAUCAUGAGAAGAAUCGACGAUAGAUGGACUAAAAGAACGCUAGAGUGGAUCCCAACGGAUGCUAAACGCCCCCGAGGGAGACCGCCAACGAGAUGGGGUGACGUGUUCGCUGCACGGAUGGACCAGCUGAGAGCCCAGCUGGAUACGGCUCAAGGACCUCGUCAACGUCACUCAGGAAGCUUGAGAACAUCUUGGAUGACAAUGGCGAGGGAACGAAACGAGUGGAAGGGAUGCUGGGGCCCGCACGUCCAGUGA